AUGGAGAAUUUGAAGUAUAGUUCUUAUUGUAAGGUCGAUGAAUCUCUCCUUGUUGGAGGUAAAGUAGAUACAGUACUGAAACGAAUCUCCUCAGAUGCCGAUAUUGAUGGUGAUAAUGAUAUGCUGGUAGGACAGCAAGCAAUCUUCAUCGAACAACCUGGUCUUGAUAUGAUUAGUGAUUUCCAGGGUGUCCUAUCACACGAUCAAUGUAUUGUUGACACUAACGGAGACGAGGUUUAUUUUACUGAUGCUGUACCUUAUAUAAGGACAUCAGCAUAUCCUAUGGAAGAUGUAACGUCUAUAGUAUUAUGGCACAAGGAAAAUUCUGUGUCUGUACAGGUUGACAUAUAUGAUGUUCCGGAUGCUAAACCAAUUGUUAAUCAUAAAUAUCCUAAUGGAUUGCAUCAAGAUACCAUGGAAUUUAACAUAGGAAGCGAUACAGAACGUAAUAGGUUGAUCCGCAUAAUCUUAUUUGGCAAAGCGGUACAUAGAUAUGAUGCAAUCAUGUUCUCUAAAAUGUGUGAACUUAUUCAGGAUUAUAUCGUCUCCGUCAAGAACCAACCUCCUGAGAUUAGAAAAUGCCUUACUAUUGGUAUUAAUGUUAUCGAAGCAUUUAAUAAUAAUGUUGAUUUUGAUAUAACAUUAGAUAUCUAUUGGAAUAUUGAGAAUAUCUGUAUGUGGCCUAAAUGCAUUAGAGAUGAUGGUGUUUGCUAUAUUAUAUCUCAAAAAACAUUAGGAUCAGUAGAUAUGAAAAGUCAUGUAAUCACCAAGCCUCAGGAAGAGGAUCAUAUUAGAAAAGCUAUAUAUGAUGCUGCAGUAAAUGCUUCAAUUACUGGUACUCAGGCCAUACAGUAUUAUAAUCUACAAUCCAGUAUAUCUCUUCAGAUGGCAGAACAAGCUAAAUGGGCUUUAACAAUUGGUAUCUCACUUGUGUUAGAAACGUGCGGUAUCGAGGUUAGGGAUAAACCUUUUGAGAUGAUAGAUAUCGUUAUACCAGAUCAAGUAUACAAGCUCAAAACAACAUUAAUAGGUAAAGGAGAUGGUAUGCCUCUGAUGAAUUCAAAAGCUUGGAAUGUUAUGUUUCCACCUGAUAGUCUAAAGGGUAUGUCAAGAAGCCCGAUGGCUGUUGCCAACAGCAUAAUUUACAAUAACAUAGUAUAUGCCAAUGAGUUGGGUAGACUAAUGGGACCAACAGAUAAUUUGUUUCUAUAUGACUAUGCGGUCGAAAGCAGAGAGAAUAUUAACGCAUGGUUUUCUGGUGCCAGAAAUAAGAUAGCACUCCUAUUCAAAUACAUGACACCAUUACAGGCAACAAGUACAUUGGGAAACGUCAUAGCUUAUGAGACGAUUAAAGCCAAAUGUAGAGUGGAAGAAGCAAGCAGACGCUACUCUCAAGUAAAUAAAAAAAUGGCUGUGUGGAAGGAUUUGAGAGCAAUGUUACAUUUCAGAGUUGUUGAUGCUGCUUUCCUUAAGAUAGUGCCAUAUACUAUGUUAACUGUUGAUGAAAUGGAUGUUAUCGGAUUUGCUACGAUGCUACAUGACUUGGUCGAUUUUGGAUAUGAUAUAAGUGUCAAAGAAUCAAGCAAUAUAUUCUUAACUAUAACAGGUGGUAAGAUAGACAUGGAUUCUGUAAAGAAAGGAUAUAUUCGCAUGGCAAAUGGACUACAGUAUAUCAUUGAAAGAUACAAAUAUGAUGCAUGUGGGUUGACAUUCCUAUCUACUCACUUCUGGCAAAUAGCUAAUGGACGCCAUCGAGUUAUACCAUCAAUUUAUAAUGGUGCAACUAACUAUCAGCAUGAAUAUUUGGAAUUGCAAGGUACAUUGCUGGAUGCAUUGCAAGAUAAUAAUUUUACUAAAAAAGAUAGCAUCAGUGCAUUGAAAGCCGCAGAUAACCUUAGGGUUGCUGCUUUACCACUAGGAUAUGAUGCUAUAGAAAUUGCCAAACUUAUCACCAUAGAUAUUGCUAGUAGUUACACUGGUGAUAUUGAAAUAUCUCCCCAAGCCAUCAAUGUUAUCGAACGUAAAAUGUGUGAAUUAAUAACAUCCCUUGCAAUAGGAUGCGAUGCCAAUGGCAAGAUGGCUUCCUUUCUAUGGAUGAUAUGCGAGUAUAUGUGGUUGGAAACAGGCAUGAUGUUAUCUUGCUUGCUUGGCACAAUGAAGAUUAUGCACAAUAGAAGACAAUCUGAUGAUAGAGGUGGAUUACAAUACAAAUG